UGGCACCAUCUUUAAACCCUUUUGUAGUAUCCUUUAAAGCACUUUCUUGGGUGAGUCUUCAUAAGAGGCCCCCAUCCAUCCUCCUCCUGCAAUGAACUAAUACUCACAAUGGCCCUUAUUACGAGCCCUCCUCCUCAAGCUCUCACCUUGGGCUCCCAACCAUUUAGAACAUUUGCAUAUACAUCCAUCCCUAAGAAACCCUCAUCUUUGUUUCAACAAAAGAAGCUUAGGAAAACAAGCUACACAUUAGUCACCGACGUUAAGCCCCGUUUCGUGUUGUCGUGCUUAAAGGACGGCUCGGUUUGUAGCUUAGAUUCAUGUUCAAAUUCUCCAUCAGAAAUGGUUAAGAAAUUCUACGAGUGCAUCAAUGAAAAGAAGUUGAAGGAAUUGAGUAGUUACAUCUCAGAAGAUUGCCUUAUUGAGGACUCCUUGUUUGAUGAAGCAUUUAUAGGGAAGGAGGCUGCUCUCAAGUUCUUUAAAGAACUAACUCAAAGCAUGGGUCCGGAUGUGAAGUUUAGGUUUCGUAACGUCUAUGAAAGUGGCACUUCUCGGGCUGGAGCAACCUGGCAUCUAGUGUGGAAGAACACAAAGAUUCCCUUCACCAAAGGUUGCACCUUCAUUGACAUCAACAACGAAGAAAGAACUAUACAGAAGGCACAAAUCAUAAUGGAACCACAAGUAAAAGCGGGGCAUCUCAUCUUGGGUAUGAUGAAGCUGGUAACCUCCUUGCUUGCUCAGUAUCCAGCAAUUCAUAAAUGGGUGAUGAAACUUUCCCAGCAGCGUUGGGUAAGGUGGCUGGCCAAGAUCUGUGUAGUUCUCUACAAGUUCUUCUUGCACAGCCUUAUGAGGAGCUAUCUAACCUUUAUACAUUGUGGCUCUCUAAUGUUUGUUUUUACAGUCAAAUUGUUACGUUGGGUCAUAGGCUUCUUCAAUUAAAAAUAAUAAUAAUAAUAAAUAAAUAAAUAAAUA